AACCUGCACUCAGUGUGGAAAGAGUUUCUCAAACAAACGUGAUCUUGAGAUUCACAUGAGAGUUCAUACUAGAGAGAGACUGUUCACAUGUGAUCAGUGUGGAAAGAGAUUCACAGCCAAAAACAGUCUUGAGAUUCACAUGAGGAUCCACACUGGAGAAAGACCGUUCACAUGUGAUCAGUGUGGAAAUAGUUUAUUAACCAAACAGAGUCUUGAGAUUCACAUGAGAGUUCAUACUGGAGAGAAGCCGUUCACAUGUGCUCAGUGUGGGAAAGGUUUCACAAGCAGUUGUAAUCUUAAGAGUCACAUGAGGAUCCACACUGGAGAAAGACCAUUCACAUGCACUCAGUGUGGAAAGAGUUUCACAACCAAACAAAGUCUUCAGCAUCACAUGAGUGUCCAUACUGGAGAGAAGCCGUUCACAUGCACUCAGUGUGUAAAGAGUUUCACGAGUAAACGUAAUCUUGAGCGUCACAUGAGGAUCCACACUGGAGAGAAGCCGUUCACAUGUGAUCAAUGUGGAAAGGGUUUCAUACAAAGAGGAAAUUUUAAGGAACACAUGAGAAUUCACACUGGAGAAAAGCCGUAUGUAUGCAGUCAAUGUGGAAAGAAUUUCACAUACAAACAAAGUCUUGAUAUUCACAUGAGAGUUCAUACUGGAGAGAAUCCAUUCAAGUGUGAUCAGUGUGGGAAAGGUUGCACAAACAAUUAUAAUCUUGAGAUUCACAUGAGGAUCCACACUGGAGAGAAACCGUUCACAUGUGAUCAGUGUGGGAAAGGUUUCACAACCAAAUCUAGUCUUGAGAUUCAUAUGAUGAUCCACACUGGAGAGAAGCCGUUCACAUGUGAUCAGUGUGGCAAAAAAUUUAUUACUGCAUCAAACCUGAAGAAACACCUGACAGUUCAUAUGAAGGAGAAACCAUAUUCAUGUUCUGUGUGUGGAAAGGGUUUUUCACAGCUGCCAAAUUUAAAAACACAUCAGAAAAAACACACUGGUGUGAGAGAGUACAUGUGCUUUGAGUGUGAGAAGACUUUUAUUUCAUUGAGCCAUUUAAAACAGCACCAGAGGAUUCACUCUGGAGAAAAACCUUACAAGUGUUCACACUGUGACAAGAGAUUCAGUGAUUCAUCAAAUCUGAAAACACAUGAGAGGAUCCACACUGGAGAAAAACAUUACAAGUGUUCACACUGUGACAAGCGAUACAGUUGUUCAGCACAUCUGAAAAGACAUGAGAGAAUUCACACUGGAGAAAAACCUUACAAGUGUUCACACUGCGACAAGAGAUUCAAUGAUUCAUCAAAUCUGAAAACACAUGAGAGGAUUCACACUGGAGAAAAACAUUACAAGUGUUCACACUGUGACAAGGAAUUCAAUCGGUCAACAAAUCUGAAAACACAUGAGAGGAUCCACAGCAGAGAGAAGCUGCACACACAUGUCUAAGUUUAUAGAAACUGGAAGAGAGGGCUACUCUCUGAGAAAAAGAAAAUUAAUCUUAACCUUUAAAAAAUGGAUUAUCCCUACGAUACAGUUUAAUGUGGACAAUUAUCAUACAACACUAUACAUGUUUGGUAUCAUUUGAAAUGUCUCAGUGUGACUGGUAAAAUGUCUCAAUCCCACAGAGGUGAACCCAAAGGCAAUAAUGGUUGUAAGAGUUUAGAGAUUGUCGUGGAAAUUCUCAAUACAAAUCUGAAUUCACCACUGACAAUUCAAACAACCUCCAGUUGUCAAUAUAAUAUAUAUAAUACUCAGUACCAAUACAGUACUAUAGUACCUAUGAGGUAAUUCCCGUCCAGAAUAUAAUACAACAUAAUACUACAGUAUCUCGAGGUAAUUCCCUUCUCGAAGUAAGAUGACGGCAUCCCGUCAAGAAGCUACUCUCACUACCUCAAUCACACGUGAGCACACAGGUCUUUAGCAUCUAUACACUCUCACCGUCCUUCUCAUGUGUAUGAUGGUCCGACACAGGAUCAUUAAUACUAACUCAGAGUAUUACAGCCUCACCCCGAGGGCGACUCUAUAGUCUUCCAACACUAUCACUGUCUCUGCUGUGGUCUUUUGAGCGUAGAAUCUUUAGUACUUCUAUUCCUUAGCUGCGCAGCAUAUACCUGACACGACUUCCAAGUUGCUCUUUGUGGAAAUUAAGUUUUAUUUACGGCUGGGAGGUCACUUGUCACAACAACAGAGUGAGUCUCAAUGAAUAGAAAGAUACAUGCACAUUUAAGUCUUACAGCUGAGUAAAAAUCAAUGUCUUCUUCGUUGUGAUUUGUUCUGGUGAUUGGUUUGUAAUGAUCUAAGCUAAUCAUAUGACUGGUCUUUGACCUGAGCAUCCUUAGUCUGCAUUUUCUGUACAUUUCAUGUUGACAUAAAAUAUUUCUAUCACAAGAUAUUUUGCUUUCUGUCGAGGGUGGGUCCUCUGCCAAUUGGCCUUCUAUGCAAAUUGUUCCCUUGUCCCCUAAAGAUGUAAACUACCCAAGUCUGGGACCUCGAUUAUUGCAAAUUCCAUGAUUCCAUUUGAAAUAAGUUUCUGUCUUGGUCAGAGAUGUUGGAGGAGACUUGAGGUGUGAUUCUGUGGCCAGAUCAGCUCAUAAUGCUCAGUCUCCUCCAGACAUUCAUUAUGUAUUUUCCAAAUGUCAGGUAUGCAUCUUUUACUGUCAUUUCUGAGCAUUUGAUGUUUUGGAUUGAUCAUUU